CAGAAUGAUAAACUGGGGUUUGAAGCAAUUUCCAUUUUACAUUCAUAUAUUGAUGCUAAUAAGGAUGGAGGUGUUGAACAAUCUGAGAGUCAAGAGUUUCUCCAGGAAGAUUUGCAACGAGCUGACCAAUCAGUGAGUCAGCCAGGCUACCAUAGCAACGACAACCACGUGACCGUACAUGAUCUUUGGGACUACUGGGUUCAAAGUGAAGUGUACAACUGGACGGUUGAUGAAGUUGUUGAUUGGUUGGACGUGCAUGUGGACCUCCAUCAAUACUCCCAGCUGUUCAAGUUGCACGACGUCAAUGGAAAACUUCUGCCCAGACUGGCCAGCACUAUCCACAACCCCCUAUACACAAUGCUCGGCAUACGAAACAUCAUCCACAAACAGAAGAUUGCUCUCAAAGCUGCCGACAUUGUUCUCUUCGGC